GGUUUGGAAGAAAAAUGAGCGUAGCAAAGGAAGCAAAGCCUGCAACUUUCACUUUGGAGUUUGGACUCUCUCUUCCAACUUUCUUCUCAGCUGCACCAACCACAAUUUCUAAUCACUCUCAAUUCUCAUUGUUAAUCACUAACACCAUUAACGAUUUACAAUCCCUCACAAAAUUCACAUCAACAGUUACCACAAUCCAUAGCUACAUUUUGCGCCAAAACCUCGCAUUUUCAAAUGCUGCACGAGCUUCUGAUGGCGUUGCUGGGCUACACCGGCGACUUGAUCGUCGACCGCCGUGAGGAGAACCACCUCCUCUCCGACCAAACCCCAAUUUCCGACGAAUGCACCUUCACUCUCGCUCCCGAUAUCUCCUUCAUCGACCCUAGCGACAGGCAGCUUAUUGAGAAGAUCAUUGCAUUGGGAUUUUAUUAUAGGGAGCUUGAUCGAUUCACAUGCAAGUCUAGAAAUUUAAGCUGGAUUAGGUCUUCAACUGCAUAUUCGAAUGCAAAACCUUUGGGGAAUGUUUCUGAUGUGUCGAAAGUAGAAAAGCCUAGUGUUUAUCGCAGGGCACUAGCCAAUGGAAUUGUUGAGGUUCUCUCGAUUUAUAGGUCAGCUGUUCUGCAUAUUGAACAGUUGUUGUUAUCUGAAACCAAGCCAAUCUUGGCUACGGUCACUCAAGGCCUUAAUAAGUUUUUUACCAUCUUGCCACCUCUGUAUGAGCUCAUACUAAAGAUUGAACGUGAUGACAUUCGAGGAGGUCAGCUUCUUAAUCUUCUUUAUAAAAGAUGCCACUGUGGAGUCCCUGAACUGCAGACAUGCAUGCAAAGGCUUCUUUGGCAUGCACAUCAGGUGAUGUAUAAUCAACUUGCUUCAUGGAUGGUUUAUGGAAUUCUUCAAGACCAGCAUGGAGAGUUUUUCAUUAGGAGGCAAGAAGAUAGAGAGGUAGAGAAUAGCUCAUCUAAUUCAGACAUCUCUGACAAGUUGGCACGCAUGUCAACUAAUGAUGCAUCUCUAUCUGAUUGGCACUUGGGCUUUCAUCCUUAUUGGGAUAUGCUGCCAGAGUAUAUACCUAUGCAUGUUGCAGAAUCAAUUCUUUUUGCUGGUAAAGCUGUUAGGGUUCUACGGAAUCCUAGUCCUUCCUUCCAGUCUGGGGAUACUGUGAAUCCUCAAAUACCAAAAAGCUUUCAGAAAAUACAUGGAUUAGCAGGGCGUUUUCAUUUUCAGAGGGAGCCCCUAAUUAAUUCAGGAAUGGGAGAAGAUUUACUUCCACAAAAUGAGUCGGAUAAGAUUGAAGCAAUGCUCCUCGACCUAAAGGAAUCGUCUGAAUUUCAUAAAAGAUCAUUUGAAUGUGCUGUGGACUCUAUUCAGGCUAUUGCAGCCAGUCGUCUCUGGCAGCUUGUGGUUGUACGAGCUGACUUGAAUGGUCACUUGAAGGCCCUGAAAGACUAUUUUCUUUUGGCAAAAGGAGAUUUCUUCCAGUGUUUCCUCGAGGAAAGUCGCCAGCUAAUGCGUUUGCCACCUCGGCAAUCAACUGCUGAAGCUGAUCUUAUGGUGCCAUUUCAGCUGGCUGCGUUAAAAACUAUUGGUGAAGAAGAUAAAUAUUUCUCUAAAGUAUCCUUGCGGAUGCCAUCUUAUGGAAUCACGGUUAGACCUUCCCCAUUAGAUGUAUCAAGGGCAAACACUUCAGCAGAUGGAAGCUCUGGUGCUUCUUCAGAAAUGUCACUUGAUGGUUGGGAUGGUCUUGCCCUUGAGUAUUCUGUUGAUUGGCCUUUGCAUUUGUUCUUUACUCAAGAAGUCCUCUCUAAAUAUCUUAGAGUUUUCCAAUACUUACUGCGGCUCAAACGAACACAAAUGGAGUUGGAGAAACUGUGGGCAUCUGUAAUGCAUCAAUAUCACCGUGAUUUUGCCAAACGCAAAAAGGAUCGAUCUAAGAGCCCAACAGCACAGCAGAAAUCUCAGCGAUCUCGACCAAUGUGGCGUGUUAGAGAACAUAUGGCAUUCUUGAUCAGAAAUCUCCAAUUUUAUAUUCAGGUGGAUGUAAUAGAGUCUCAAUGGAAUAUCUUACAAACACAUAUCCAAGACUCUCAUGACUUUACAGAACUUGUGGGAUUUCAUCAAGAGUAUCUAUUAGCCUUAAUUUCACAAACGUUCUUGGACAUUGGUUCUGUGUCAAGGAUACUGGAUAGCAUCAUGAAGCUCUGCCUACAAUUCUGCUGGAAUCUUGAGAACCAAGAUCAUUGUUCAAAUACUGUGGAACUGGAACACAUAGCUGAGGAAUUCAACAAGAAAUCAAAUUCCUUGUACACUAUACUGCGCAGCAGCAGGCUUGCUGGGAGUCAGCGAGCUCCAUUCUUAAGACGUUUUCUCUUGCGGUUAAAUCUGAAUUCCUUCUUCGAGGCAACUGCAAGGGGAGUUCUGAAUGUUGUCAGACCACGGCCAUCGCUUCCUGUUUUGAAUCAACAGUAGUAUCUUUCCACUGCAACUUCAAAGUUCUUCUGUUGUUUUUAUAGGGGUAUUGACAUGUGACCUUCGGUUGAGUACAUUUGCAUUAUUCAUCCGCCGCACCUUGUUUCGAGGAUGAGUUUUGGACUGUUGAGUGUUGACAAUCAAGUUGCUAUCUGCUGGCCAUUUCCAUUUGACCAUCUUGCAACUGCCCUUUUGAAAUUCCACUUCAUUACUAGCUCAUUGAUUUAUUUUAUUGUAAAUACAAUUCAGUUUGGUGGUUUCAUGCGUGUGCUUCUUAGAUGGUAGGUGGAUAUUUUGUUGUCUUAGUGUGAGAGCUAUGAGCAGUGAUUGGUGUAUAUAGUGUCACGUUUCUUUUUUUAACUUAUUUUAAGGUUUAUUGAAGUU